AUGUCCGAUAACAUAGAUUCCUCCUCUCUCAACUUGCAGCAACUACUCAUCCCUGAUACCAUCUUCACCCCAUCUGUCCUCGCACAGAGGCAGAGCAAUGAGCUUGUUGUCUACUCUCCGACAGUCAGCAGCACGGUUACUAUAGCUUACCCGGCUCACUGCAACGCACUCAUCAAGGCAGAAAAUGUUUGCAGGUUCCUUACAAAUCGUGAUGGUUUCUGGGAGUGUUUCUGCGCACUGAUUUCUGAGCACCUCGUUCCAACCCAUAUCGUUGUCUCUCAUGCUUCUGGAGAGGUUCUUGUGUUUUGUCAUUAUAUGGGAACUGCCCAUGAAGAGUCGCACUGUGGGUUUUAUAUGAACCUCACAAGAAAGGCUAAGACUGCAAGGCUUUUCUCAAACUACAAUCAUAUUCCGACCACUGCAAGCAAGCAGCCAGCAUUGAUGACCCCCAUUGUGAAGGCCUUCCAAGCCGGACAUGCUGGAUCUAACAAGAUAGCACCAUAUUUUGAAGGAUAUCUUGGAGAGCUUGCAUCAGACUAUCCAGGAAACCCAGGUGCCCACCAGCUCCAUAGCGGCCUGAUCAUGAAACCUGCAAAAAGGAGAAUCAGUUCAUCCAAAGAAUCAUGCUUUAUACAGUGGUGA